AUGGAAGUUAUUAAUGACAUAGAACAAGAAGAUAUAUACAACAUUGCGCUUCCAUUUGUUGAAUUAGGAAUGGAUGAAUAUGAUGAAACCGAUGAUAUUAUUCAUCAAAAUGUUCAGGAAUUGUGGGAAUUUUGGCAGCAAAAAGAAUGCACAUGUCGAAACAAAGAUAACAAAACUUGUUAUGAAAAGAUCGGAUUUUAUAACUGGAUUAAAGGACAACUUACAUCAUUUGCAUUCA